GAGCUUGGGAUCCCUGUGUGAGCAGUGGAGGAAAACACAAGAUGGCGUCCUGAGAUCAUGUCUACCGUCAAAGUUGUGAUCGUUCCAGGAAAUGGCUUGGGAGAUGUGGAAGGCAGUAGUUGGUACCCGUGGCUCAGACGUACAUUGAAAAAAGGAAAUAUUGACUGUGUUCUGAGAAACAUGCCAGAUCCAGUAAAAGCAAGAGAAAGCAUUUGGCUACCAUUUAUGAAAAAUCAGCUUAACUGUGAUGAGAACACUAUAAUUGUUGGUCACAGCUCUGGAGCUGAGGCUGCAAUGAGGUUUGCAGAGAGAUUCCCAGUUUUGGGCCUCAUUCUUGUGUCUGCUUGCGUGACAGAUUUAGGGGAUCCUCAGGAGGCUGAAAGUGGGUACUACAACCGGCCAUGGGAGUGGGAAAGCAUAAAAAAGAACACAAACUGGAUUGUCCAGUUUGGUUCAAAGGAUGAUCCAUUGAUUGAUUUUGGGGAGCAAAAGCAAGUUGCUGAGGGAACCAAAUCAGAAUUUCAUCAGUUUGAUAACAAAGGACACUUCAAUCAGCAAGAUACUUUCCCAGAGAUUGUUAAAGUAAUUAAGGAUAAAUUAAGAAAUUGAGCAUUGGUAUAUGUAGAAUGAUAAAAUAAAUCAUGAUAACAAAAUAAAAUCCAUUUACUUUUCUGA